GUAAUAAUUUUGAUCAACGUCAAUGGGAUUCCACAAAAACAUAUGAAAAGUAUAAUGUACAUGAAUCAUAUAGAGAUAAGUCUACACCACAAAAAAAACGUAAAAACCAAGCAUUAAAUGAAAAAAAUGAAGAUUCAUCUUCAUUUUCUACAUCAACUCUAACUAUGGUUCCUACGGCCCAAGAACAAGACAAUUUUAUUGAAUGGGAAAACAAAAAACUUGAAUUGCAGCAAAAAAGCUUGGAAGUUCUUAGAGAAGAAAUUUUAUUAUGUGAAAAGCUUAAUAGUUUAAAGGAAUUAUAA